GUACAAGCCGACUGCUAUUGAAGCAAAAAGUCAUAGUAUUCUAGGAAGGCCACUCUAUAUAGCCAGCAAUGCAAAUGGAGAUAUUCUUUGGACAGAUGCUGAGUAUGAAUUUGUUGGGAUGGGUAAUAGACACAUACCUACCAAGUGCAUUGCUCUGUGUCAAUGGGAUAAGCCAGGUCCAUCACAAACAACAACUGUACCUUCAGCAAAGGCCACRUUUAGUCACCCAGCUGGGAUUGAUGUGAUGCAGAUCAAGCCUGAAAAAUGUGAGGUGGCUUUUAUCAGCGAUAAAGGGAAUUCGACUAUUAGAUUCAUUAGAGGUGUUGAGACAUUUCAUUAUUCUAAAUUUGUUGAAGCAUUGAAAUUGCAACAUGUCCCAAGACACUGGAAACCAGAAGGACUAGCCGUGGUCAGUACCAAGUUGAUUGCUGUAACUGCUGGAACAAGUGUUUACAUGAUCUCUUUGGACAAUUCAUUAACUAGUGGUCAGGUUAUUGAAUUCAUUGCAGAUUUACAGUCACCACAUGGACUCUGCUUUAUGCAUAACAACACUUUAUUAGUUGCUGAUGAACAUUGUGUCAAACAAAUUGACUUAGACAGCAAGUCAAUUAGCAUCCCUGUGCAAGGAUUUAGGAAAGCGUUCGAUGUGUCAGUCUAACAGUGGCACCUUGGGAGUGACAGAUGUACAGGCACAUCAGAUAACAUUCAAGAAAACUGACUCUGGUUUUAUACAUGAUACAAUCAUAGGGACUGGUACUGGUGGAUGUCUUGAUGGUCCUGCUGACAAGGCUCAGCUAWCUGAGCCUACUGGUCUUUGUUUUGAUGGUGACACUGCUAUAUUCUGUUGUUUUGGAGGCAAGCAAAAUGGCUACAU